AUGAGCGAGGAACCGCGCAAGCGCUCGCGCUUCGACGUCAAGGAUCCAGAGGAGGCCGCUCCGCGCAAGUCCCGCUUCGAUCGACGCUCGCGCUCGCCUGGCGCUCCAAAGGAUCGUGAUGCUGCACGCAGUCGCAGCCCAGUCAAGAGCACGGAGAGUCCGGGCGGCGAUGCGGCAGCCAGAGCAGCAGAGGCGGCAGCUCGCAUUGCUGCUUCCCUCCAGAGCAAGAAGGCCCCGCAGCAUGUCGAUGUGCCGCCGAUCAGAAACGUAAGGACGAUACUUUGCCAAUGCCACGCCCUACAGCCUCUGCGUACCAGCGAUUGUUGGUCGACUUGGGUACUGACGGUUCGUACAGAGUCCAAGCACUGGUCCAGCUUCAGGCAAUGCCAAGUCGCCCACUCCCAGCGGAACGCUCAACGCCGAGAUCUACCAGCAGGACGGCGACUUCAUCAAGGAUAUCGAGGUCAAUGACCUGCGCAACCGCUACACCUUGACUAAAGGUAGCACCCAGAAGACGGUAAAUAUCCACUUUGUUAUUCGUUGCCCACUGAUACACCUAGGCCAUCUGUCUAGCAUAGCAUUCGAGCACAAUCUACUUUCCCCUUACCUAUCCACCAUCUCAGACCAACAGAAUGGGUUUGUUACAAAACAUGUUGAGAGAGCAGUUUGACUUACACUUAGCGCUGUCUAGCCGCGGCCGGCGACAUCCAUUUGCAUAAGCUGACCAAGUGUGACCCCUAGAUCAAAGAGGAAACUGGCGCCGGUACGCUUUCACCCGUUCACCACAAGAUUUUGACUCUUUAGGUCCCGAAUACGAAUCGCUUACUUGUUUAAAGAUGUCACCACUCGUGGAAAUUACUAUCCCGACAAGAGCAUGGCCACUGCAGCCGUAAGUGGAGGACACACAGGCCAGUAGGAAUUGAUGCUGAAAGUUUCAACAGAACCCACCACUCUACCUCCACGUGACCAGCACCACUAAGGAUGGUCUCGAAAAGGCCGUGAAGAAGAUCGAAGAGCUCAUGCAGCAAGAGCUCCCCAACCUGAUCGACGAGCGCCGAUUCCGUCGCCGCGAAGCCCCAGAGCAACCUCACGUCGAGAAGGACGAGUUUGGUCGCCGCAAGUGGCCCGAUAAGCGCAUUCCCAUCGAUCUUGAGCCGAUUCCAGGCUUCAAUCUGCGCGCUCAAGUCGUCGGUCAUGGUGGCAGCUACGUGAAGCACAUUCAGCAAGAGACGAGAUGCCGAGUCCAGAUCAAGGGCCGGGGAAGCGGAUUUAUUGAGCAGCAGACGGGUCAAGAGAGUGACGAGCAGAUGUAUCUGCACGUGGCGUAUGUUAGACCUCUUCUUUGUUGAAACGCAGGAGCUAAUGUGAUGGUAGUGGACCUGAGCAGGCGAUGGUUGACACCGCCGAAGAGAUGUGCCUGUCCCUCCUCGACUCCGUCAAGGAGGCUUACGAGGCCUUCAAGGAGCGUGGACCUCAGCAUCGUGGCGGAAACGGCGGUGGCUACGGCGGACCCCGCGACGACCGACGCGGUCAUGGUGAUCGCCAGAAUUCUGGAUCUUACGGUGGUGGAAGCGCGUACGGCGGAGGUAGCGCGUACGGGGCUGGUAACGCCAGCGCCUACAAUGGUUACUCUCAGACUCCCGACUACGCCGCUCAAGGCUAUGGCGCUGCUCAAUCUCCAGCCGUCGUUCAGGCUGCUCAAGCAGCCCCAGCAGCGCAAGCGCCCACCGAUCCCAUCGAGCAGCAGAAGCAGUUCGAAGCAUGGGCCCAGUACUACGCUGCCAACCCCUCCGCCGACCCAUACGCCGCCUAUGGUGGCUAUGCUGCCGUCAUGGGCCCGUACAUGCAAGCUGGCGCUGCCUACGGUCAACAGGGCUACCAAGCAGCCGGCCAGUCACAGACACCAGGGGCUUACGGCAACGGCGCCGCUCCACCACCGCCACCGGAUGACAGCGCGCCGCCACCUCCACCACCCCCAGGAGCUGCUAACGGAAGCCAAGGCUACAGUGCAGUAAGUUCCACCGACUCCCUCAUCAUCCGCUUGCGCCUCCACUAA